AUGGCAGUUGCAAGCAUAGUCACCCACACUAGCAAGACCAGCCUGGAUUACUACAGGAAUGACAGCAUGGUGCUAUCCCUAUGUGGAAACCCAGUGAACAACACAGACUUCAUGUGUGACAAAAGGCAGGUCAGGCAGUUCAUUCAAGCCUUCCUACCAGUGUGUUUCUGGCUCAUCUUCUCUGUGGGCACAGUGGGAAAUACCUUGGUCGUGAUCGUCUAUUGCAAAUACCACUUCAGGAGGAGCGUGACGGAUCGGUACCUGUUGCACCUAGCCAUUGCAGACCUGCUCCUCCUUUUCACCCUCCCCUUCUGGGCCAAGGCUGCUUCCGAUGGCUGGGUCUUCAAGGACUUCAUGUGCAAAGUUGUCAACAGUACGUACAAGAUCAACUUCUACGGCUGCAGCUUCUUUCUGACCUGCAUCAGCUUUGACAGGUACAUCACUAUUGUCCAGGCGAUAAAAGCUAAAGCUUCUAAGCGACGGCGGCUCCUGCGCAGCAAACUCCUGUGCUUGGCUGUCUGGCUGACGUCUGUCAGCCUGUGCAUCCCAGAAAUUAUAUACAGCCAAAGCACACAGGUGGGUGACAUAACAGUUUGCAAAAUUACAUACCCACCAAACGUCACCAUGAUCUUCACAGUUACUGUCCUGGCCUUGAAAGUCACAAUUGGGUUCUUCCUCCCGCUCCUUGUCAUGGUUAUUUGUUACACCCUUAUCAUCAACACCCUGCUACAAACCAAAAGAUCCCAAAAGCAGAAGUCACUGAAGAUCAUCACCAUGAUCAUCACUGCUUUCCUCCUCUCUCAGUUCCCAUACAAUAUUGUUUUGCUGGUCAAAGCAAUCAAUACCUAUACCAGGGCAGCAUGCAAUUGUCAGGCUGCCAACCAGCUGGACAUUGGGCUGCAGGUCACCCAGAGCAUCGCCUUCCUGCACAGCUGCCUCAACCCCUUCCUCUACGUCUUUGCUGGUGUGAGGUUCAGGAUGGCGCUGGGCAGGAUGAUGCAGAGCAGUGGCUGCUGCCAAAGGAAGGGCCAAGAGCAGUUCUCCUCUGCCUGCAACAGCCAGGAGCCCAGCUCCAGCUGCUCCAUUGCCAUGCUGGGGAGGCAGCGGGUGAAGAACUCUCUGAUCCUCAGCACUCAGUUGACCUCCUCUGUUAUGUCCCCUCCUUGCCAAGGCCUCUCGUAA